ACAUCUGGAGCCAAGCUCAGUCUUCACACAAAACCUAGGAUGCCUCCAUGUGACUUCACACCUCAAAAAUACAAGACCCUUUCGUAUAACCGUGUCCUGGAGAUCCACAAGCAACAUAUCUCUCCUGUGGUGACGGCGUACUUUCAGAAGCCCUUGUUGCUCCAUCAGGGACACAUGGAGUGGCUAUUCGAUUUCGAGGGAAACAGAUACCUGGAUUUCUUUUCAGGAAUUGUCACUGUCAGUGUUGGUCACUGUCACCCGAAGGUCAAUGCAGCAGCCCAAAAGCAGCUUGGCUGCCUAUGGCACACAAGUUCCAUCUUCUUCCAUCCCCCAAUGCAUGAAUAUGCAGAGAAGCUCUCAGCACUUCUUCCUGAGCCUCUUAAGGUGAUUUUCUUGACAAAUAGUGGAUCAGAAGCCAAUGAUCUUGCCAUGCUGAUGGCCAGAGUGUACUCAAAUAACACAGACAUCAUUUCAUUCAGAGGAGCCUACCAUGGAUGUAGUCCUUACACACUGGGCUUGACAAAUGUAGGAUCCUACAAGAUGGAACUCCCCAGUGGAAUGGGUUGCCAAGCAACCAUGUGUCCAGAUGUUUUCCGUGGUCCCUGGGGAGGAAGUCACUGUCGAGAUUCUCCAGUACAGACAAUUAGGAAAUGCAACUGUGCAACAGACUGCUGCCAAGCCAAAGACCAGUAUAUUGAACAGUUCAAAGAUACUCUGAACACUUCUGUGGCCAAGUCAAUUGCUGGAUUUUUUGCAGAGCCAAUUCAAGGAGUGAAUGGAGUUGUUCAGUACCCAAAAGGGUUUCUAAAGGAAGCCUUCGAGCUGGUGCGAGAGAGGGGAGGCGUAUGCAUUGCAGAUGAAGUACAGACAGGAUUUGGAAGGUUGGGCUCUCACUUCUGGGGCUUCCAAACCCAUGAUGUCCUGCCUGACAUUGUCACCAUGGCUAAAGGGAUUGGGAAUGGCUUUCCCAUGGCAGCAGUUGUGACAACUCCAGAGAUUGCCAAGUCUUUGGCUAAACGCGUACUUCACUUCAACACCUUUGGAGGGAACCCUAUGGCCUGUGCCAUCGGCUCAGCUGUGCUUGAGGUGAUUAAAGAAGAUCGUCUGCAGGAAAACAGUCAAGAAGUUGGCACCUAUAUGUUACUGAAGUUUGCUAAGCUGCGGGAUGAAUUUGAAAUUGUUGGAGAUGUCCGAGGCAAAGGGCUCAUGAUAGGAAUAGAAAUGGUGAAGGACAAGAUGAGCCGCCAGCCUCUUCCUCGUGAAGAAAUAAAUCAAAUCCAUGAGGACUGCAAACAGAUGGGGCUCCUAAUUGGCAGAGGUGGCAUUUUUUCUCAGACACUCCGCAUUGCGCCCUCGAUGUGCAUCACUAAACCAGAAGUUGAUUUUGCAGUGGAAGUAUUUCAUUCUGCCUUAAUCCAACACAUGGAGAGAAGAGCUAAGUAAAGUUUUUGAAAAGGAAAAAACCCUCAAGACUCAAGAACCCUCCACUUAAUGUUCAAGGGUGAAUUUGAGGAAUGUCAGAACCACUGGUAUUUGGAGAAAACCUGAGGCUCCUUAGGAGCUGUAAGAGACAUGGUUCAGUGACUACCAGCCAUAUUUG